AUGGCAACGAGCAAGACAGCUUUGAUUCUGCGCGGUGCAAAGGUGGUCGUCAUCGGAGGCUCUUCCGGUAUUGGAUUCGCCACCGCGUCCGCGCUCAUUGAGGAAGGAGCCAGCGUCGUGAUUGGCUCCUCGUCGCAGUCUCGAGUCGACGAAGCGGUAGCACGGCUGUCGGACCCGUCGAAGCAGUACAAUGCUGAUGCGUCGCGCGUCUCGGGCCAUGCGCUCAACCUGCAAGGCGCGGGUGCCGAAGAGAGCCUGCGCGCCUUCUUUGGCAAGAUCGGAGCAUUCGACCACUUGAUCUACACCGCGGGCGACUCGCUCGCUGCCAAGCCGAUCGCCGAGUUCAGCUACGACGACAUUGUCGCCGCCGGGCAAUUGCGCUUUAUCAGCGUUAUCCUCGCCGUCAAAGUCGCCACUUCGACGGGAGGAGCGCUCAAGGACGGCGGCUCGAUCGUGCUCACCACGGGCGUGGUGGCAGAGAAGCCCAACAAGCACUGGUCCGUCCUCGCAGGCUACGCCAGCGCGCUGUAUGGCCUAACGCGCAACCUCGCCCUCGACCUCGCCGACCGCAACAUCAGGGUCAAUGCCGUUUCCCCCGGCCCUGUGCAGACCGAGCUGUGGAACAGCUUCCCCGAGGAACAGAGAAAGGGCUUCUUGAACCACUUGGGCGGCAAGCUGCUCACGGGCAAGGUCGGACAGCCCGAGGACCUGGCCAACACGUACGUGUAUCUGUUGAAGGACAGGAACGCGACCGGACAGAUCAUCACCUCGGAUGGUGGCAGCACUGUCGCUGAUCGACAGUAG